AUGUGGUGGCAGUGGGUAGCUCGGUUUAACGGGCUCUGGCUGAUGGUCUCAUGGGCGUUGUCGAUAUUGGCGCUGACUUUGGGGUGCUGGGGGUUGGCGACCGCGGUCGCCACGCCACACGAACAGCAUGCCUCCACAGGUGCCGCCGCUGCCACCGCCACCUCCAGCCAAGUGCCCCUGGACUGCCUGCUCGCUGACAGAGGACCGUUUCACCGAGCCCCAGAGUAUGCUGACUUCAUGGAGCGCUAUCGGCAGGGUUUCACCACCAGGUACAGGAUCUACAGAGAAUUUGCUCGCUGGAAGGUGAACAACUUGGCACUGGAAAGGAAAGAUUUCUUCAGCUUGCCUCUGCCUCUGGCUCCAGAAUUCGUUCGCAACAUUCGCCUUCUGGGGCGGCGGCCCAGCUUCCAACAGAUCACCGAGACCCUGAUCAAGAAAUACGGGACCCAUUUCCUGCUCUCCGCCACUCUAGGAGGAGAAGAGUCCCUGACUAUUUUCGUGGACAAGCGGAAGCUCAGUCGGAAAGCGGAAGUUGGCAGCCCGGGAGGAAGCGGAGGGACCAACGCCACCGUCUCCUUGGAAACGCUGCACCAACUGGCCGCCUCGUACUUCAUUGACCGCGAGAGCACGCUACGGCGGCUCCACCAUAUUCAGAUAGCGACAGCAGCCAUCAAGGUCACCGAGACCAGGACAGGACCGCUUGGAUGUAGCAACUACGACAAUCUGGAUUCUGUGAGUUCCGUCCUUGUCCAGAGUCCCGAGAACAAAGUUCAGCUCCUUGGCCUGCAGGCGCUGUUGCCGGAGUACCUGCGGGAACGCUUUGUGGCUGCUGCCCUCAGCUACAUCACCUGCAAUUCAGAGGGGGAGCUGAUCUGCCGAGAGAAUGACUGCUGGUGCCAGUGUGGGCUUAGUUUCCCACAAUGCAACUGCCCCGAGGGUGACAUCCAUGCUAUGGAAGAGAGUCUCCUCCAGAUCCGGGACGCUUGGGACAGCCACUACCAACAGUUUGAGGAAUCGGAGGAACUGCAGGCCCUGGUGAAGAAGUUCCCAGGGGAUCGUUUUUGGAACAUCACAGCAAUCUCUCAGUACUGGGCCAUGGACCUCGAUAUUCAGCAUCGCUAUCAGAAGCUAAGCACCACCUUGAAGAUUCUGUCCAAGAAGACCCACCGAAUCGUCCGGCGCCUCUUCAACCUGGCCAAACGCUGUCGCCGCCAGCCACGCUUCCGACUUCUGAAGGAGAGGCCUUUGACCUAUUGGUGGAGCCGCGUCCAGUCCCUCCUGUACUGCAGCGAGACUGCCGCGCCAGGGACUUUUGUGGAGGAAAGUCAUAGUUGCACCUGCCCUCACGACCAGCUCUCCUGCCAGGGGAUCAUCCCAUGUGCCUUGGGUGACGGGCCGGAAUGUGCUGCCUGCGCAGAGGACAACGCCACCCAGUGCGGGGCCUGCAACCCUGGUUAUGUGCUAACCCUAGGGCUGUGCCGGCCGGAGGUGGCCGAGUCCCUAGAGCACUAUUUAGGGCUGGAGACAGACCUUCAGGACCUGGAGCUCAAGUACCUCCUGCAGAAGCGGGACAGCCGGAUCGAGGUGCACUCCAUCUUCAUCAGCAACGACAUGCGCCUCGGGACCUGGUUUGACCCUUCCUGGAGGAAAAGGAUGCUGGUGACCCUGAAGAGCAACAAGUAUAAACCAGGCUUGGUCCAUCUCAUGCUUGCGCUCUCCCUCCAGAUCUGUCUCACCAAGAACAGCACCCUGGAGCCGGUGAUGGCCAUCUACGUCAACCCCUUUGGGGGUAGCCAUUCCGAGAGCUGGUUCAUGCCCACCAACGAGAGCGGCUUUCCCGACUGGGAAAGGACUAAUGUGGAUGCUUCUGGGCAGUGCCAAAAUUGGACGCUCUCUUUAGGCAACAAGUGGAAGACCUUCUUCGAGACAGUCCAUGUUUACCUGAGGAGCCGCAUCAAGUCUCUCAACGACAGCUCCAAUGAGACCAUCUUCUACGAGCCCCUGGACAUGGACCCCUCUAAGAACUUGGGGUACAUGAGGAUCAACAGCUUACAGGUCUUUGGCUACAGCCUACCCUUUGAGUCGGAUGCCAUCCGGGACCUUGUCCUUCAGCUGGAUUACCCGUAUACCCAAGGGUCUCAAGAUUCUGCCAUACUGCAGUUGAUUGAAAUCCGGGACCGGGUCAACCGUCUCUCCCCGCCUGGGAAAACUCGCCUUGACCUUUUCUCCUGCUUGCUCCGGCACAGGCUCAAGUUGGCCAACAACGAGGUGAGUCGGAUCCAGUCUACCCUGCAGGCCUUCAACGCCAGACUGCCAAACCCCGUGGAGUACGAGACUGGCAAACUGUGCAGCUAGC